AUGCCUCUCUCAUUUGCUCAAUCUCAAGCUCCAGUCUUGCAAUCUCUAAUCUCAUGCAAGUCUCUGCACUUGCAGAACCAGUAUCUUGUUGGCCACCUCGACCAUUCUGACCAUUUUGGUCACCCGCAUUGCCUGACAUCCAGCCUUCAACCGGGUUUCUUCUACACGUCAGCCAUUCGGCCAGGACUGCAAAGAGUACUUGUGCAGCUUCUCUCUGUCUGUCCUCUUCACUUUCCUAGGUUCCUGGUCUAUAUUGCAACGACUUUGCGUGUCGCAUUUUCCAUACUUGAAUCUCCAAUAUUUAUGGACCCCGUGCUUGUCAUUGGUGGCUGCGGUGGCCUCGGCCAUCACAUCGUGAAGCGACUGCUUGAGAAGAAGGCCGCCUCAGAUAUUACGUCCUUCGACCUGAAUAUUGACCGAAACAACUAUCCGGGGGUCAAUUACAUUCGAGGCAGCAUCACUUCUCGGGAAGAUGUCCAAAGAGUAUUACAGGAUACCAAACCACGAGUCAUCUUUCAUACCGCAUCCCCCGUUAUGAUGGACCAGAAAAACAGCAAUGAAAUUUUUGAAAAAGUCAAUAUCGACGGUACUCGUAUCCUGCUUGAUGCCAUCCGUGAUACGGACCACGUCAAAGCCGUUGUAUAUACGUCCAGCUCGUCCGUUGUUCACAACAAUUAUACAGAUAUCGUGAACGCAACGGAGGAUGCGCCUAAGGUCUACUGGCCGGAACAGAAGGAAUUCUACACUCAUACCAAGGCAGUGGCGGAGGAUAUGGUUCUGGCUGCUAACAGGAAACACGGGUAUAAAACCGCAGCACUACGUGGCUGUAUCUUGUUUGGAGAGGGUGAUAUCACAUCAAUACCUAAGAUUGUCGAGAACGCGCAACAAGGGCGCGGCAAGCUGCAAGUCGGAUAUAACCAGAACCUCUGCGACUACACCUAUCUCGGCAAUGCCGCGGACGCCCAUAUUCUCGCUGCGAAAGCGCUGCUCAGUCCGUCCACGCCGCGAGAUGGGCGAGUUGAUGGUGAAGCAUUCACCAUUACCAAUGAUGAACCCUGGCCGUUCUGGGACUUCGCUCAUGCGGUGUCCGCUGCGGCCGGAUAUCCUGUCACGAAAGCGUGGGUUGUUCCGCCUUUUGUCUUCUACGCGAUUGCCGUGUUGGUUGAGUGGUCCGUGUGGCUCACCAGCUUCGGGAGACGGCAGUCGAAACUCAAUCGGAAAAUGGUGAGAUUCUUCACCAUGACCCGCACAUUUGACAUCUCCAAGGCGACAAAGCGGUUGGGCUACCGGCCGGAGGUCAAUAUGAAAGACGCAAUCGAUCGAUCCGUGGCUGCCUUCUUGGCGAGCUCGGAAAAUUCGAAGAAGAAGUGA